GCAGGGAAAGCAGCCUGAAGUGCAGGACUGACACACAGGCUGAGGCCAGUAAGCGACAGCAGUGUCUAGAGAAAGGCUGAAACGCCCGAGCAGCAGAGAUCAGGUCCAGGAUGCUGCACCUGUUCUUGUCCCACCUGCUAGGAAUCUGGCUACUAUUGAGCCAACUUCCCAGAGAGGUCCCAGGAGAGACAGACAAGCUUAUUCGAGCAUGCGGCAGAGAAUUAGUCCGCAUCCGGAUCGAGCUCUGCGGUACCAUGCCCUGGAGAAAAAGGGAUCAAGGCCAGAAGCCUCUGCUGGAAUUUGAACAGCUUGCAGAAAUCAUGCCAUCCUCCAUUACCGAAGAUGCAGAAACCUUAAAUACGAUGUUGGAGUUCAUUCCCCAUUGGCCACAGAAGACAAAUGAAACAGUGUCUGAGAAACAGCUAUCACUGCCAGAGUUACAAAAACCUGCAUUAAGGGAUACAAAUCUUAACUUUGAAGAAUUCCACAAAAAUAUUCGUAGGAGACAAAAUCAAAAAGAAGAGAACAAUAAUUCAGAAUUAAAAAACUCAGGCUUAGAGAAGCACUCCCGAGAAGAGAGACAGGUCCUUAUAUCACUGGCAGACAAGUGUUGUUCAAUAGGUUGCAGUGUAAAAGAACUUGCUAAAAUAUGCUGAGAUAAAAAUAUUUCUGUAUUUCAUCUAAUACUCAAAUGUACUCUCAAUUACAUAUUACUGAUGCCUCUGUCUCCCCAAUAUUAGAAAAUGAGAAAUUACUAGUGUUUGGCAUCUUUUCUUGGUGCAAAAGAAAAUGUUCCUUUCCAUAUUGUAGUUUCUGCUAAUAAAGCCUUUUAU